AAAAUUUCUCAUUCGCAGUGAUUGCGUACGCAUACAACGACGUCCGUGUCGUUGUCGUUCGUUCGUUGAGCAUUUGUCGCCGUUUGCCUUUCAGGUGUCAUCUUCGCGUUCCCAUUCAACUUAUCUGGCAUUUAGUCGUCAAUAAAUCGUUAAUUACCGUGAAAAGUGUGUGGUUCGGUGCAUUUUCCUGGAUUUCCACGAGUCCUGCGGUGCAGAUUGGCGAUCGCGAACGCGGCUCGACCCGUCAGAAUGACGGCAGAGGCUUUCCGUAAACGCGCAAGCAGGUGUUGUGUGUCAAAGUUUUGAGUCGUUUCUCGGUUGCGCUCGCAUUGUGAAAAAUUCGAUUGCACGGACGAGCCGUGCCUGGUUGAAUUGCAUAGAGUGAAGUGUCCUUGUAACGUGGAGCAGGGAAGCACCCGGUCAGCCCGCUCACGGACGCAGGAGAACUCGAUUUGGGUCCGCGGUCGCUGGAAAGUGUGCCGAAAGGAAAAGUUCCAUCUCGCGUGCGGUUUGUUGUCAUUUGAGCGAUUGUGCGUGAAAUUAUCUGAAUUUUCCUCGUUCGCCCGCCCCAGUGGCCUUGCGAUAGUUGCAUAAAUUGAAAACCGCCGGAGAUAGUCCGCCGAGAGCGGCUCGCAGUGAUUGUGCGGAAUUGCCCUUGGAUUACCCUUCCGGCGCGCCCCAUCCCCCAAAUUCGCAGUGGCCUAGUUUCUCGGUUUAGCACAGUUUCCGAAUUUGCCUCAGUUCCACGGAUUCAGUGAUUUGCCUAUCGAUUGUGAUGCCUGCAGUCUCGCUCGCCGGUUCCAGUUCAGCCCCGUGCGGAUACCCGGGACAAGGAUAUGUCGCAUCAUAAAUACCAGCAGCAGAAAAGAACCCAAUCGUUACUAACUAAACAAUCCAAUGGCCGCGGCUAGCGCAGGAGCUGUUCAACAGACAGCAACAGCUGUUUCGGUGGCGGCCUCGGUUGAUACUCAAGUGUUAACACAAAAUCACCAGCAUCAAACGCAUCACAUUCAGCAUCAACAGCAGCAACGCCAGUUGCUCCAUCAGCAACAGCAAAUUAGGCCACAUCACAACGUUCAGUAUCAAUCGCUUCCCCAACAGACGGCGGCAUUGCCACAUCAACAGCGCUAUCCAUUUAUGCCGCGGGUCGGUAAUGGAGCGCAGCAAACGCAGCAAAUGAAACACAGCGCCGUGUCGGGUGUUGUGACAAAUAUUAGUGCCGCCGCAGAACCUCCGCAACAGCAUGCGCUAGCCCCGAAUAUUGCGAAACAACAGACGAAUCCAAUAAUGCUGCAAGCCACCCAACAACAGCCGCCACAGCAGCAGCCCCAAACCGCACUUGCGGCGAAUUUGGCACCGGGCUGGCGACGUUUGUUUUCCAAUAAUGAGAUCGUCUAUGUUAGCCCGUCCGGUGCAACGUUACGUAGUCAUAGUCAAAUUAAGGAUUAUCUUCUUUCGCCUAAUACAUGUAAAUGCGGUCUUCCGUGUCCACUGCGGCCCGAAUAUUUCUUCGAUUUCAAUUCUCAGGUUCCUACUAUGUUAUUGCAAAUACCUCUGGAGAAUGGAUUACCAGCCCGUUCGUCGUCAUUAGCAUGCAAUCAUCAAAGGAAGUACUUUGAAAGUCAACAGAACAUUAUGCAUAAAGAACUCAAACGACGGAAAAUCAAUGACUUAUCUGUGCUAUCAACAUCAGGCUCGGGCAAAAUAUCCACGUCACCAGUACCACAAUGCAAUUCUGUCACGGUCUAUUCCGGCAAUGUCAUGCAAACUAGUCAAAUAGUGACAAAUAACAACAGUAAUGGAACCAAUUCUCGAUUACAAAUGCUGGGAGCGCAGCAGCCAGGUUCAGUGUCGAAUAUGGCAUACCAUUCACAGCAGCAGCAACCAAUCAAACAAGAACCAGAAAAUGAGAAAUUAAUCGGUAGUGUCACUUUGUCAAAGACGCCGCCUUGGAGGAAAAACUCAAUCCUCCAGCAGCAACAGAGUCAAACCGGUCAGAGUACAACUUUACAGCAACAAAAUCAAAUGUAUGCCACUGGCAACGAGAGGAUACCUCCCUUACCCCAAACCCAUUUACAACAGCAAAGUCAAAAUAUGACGCCACCGUGGCAGCACCAGCAACAGUCAGAUUUGAUACAAACCAGAGUUGUUAAGAGUAGACAAUCUCCUAAUGUUACUGGUACCUCCGCAAAUAAAAAGAAGCCUAACUUCAAGGAUGAUCCCACCGGAUACCUUGACCACCAAACAGCCAUAUUACAUAACUCGAUAUUGAAUGUUGUUAGUAGUCCUGAUUUGAAUGAAACACCGCCACCUUCCUCUGUAGAGGAGGAGGAUAAUUUCAAUGUAUCUGUGAAAGUAGAGAAUCGGGAAGAAAGCGAAAUGCCUGUCAGGAAUGAGCAACAGCCCGCAACGUCUGUGAUACAGCAAAAUCAAAAUUUGUAUCCUCGAAAUCAUCUUCAGCCAAGUAUAGAAUCAAAGCAACAGCCUGCAUUAGUAAUCAAACAGCAAGUGCAGCCGCAUUUGCAACCAGUGAACCAUCCCAAUUUCUUAUAUCAACAGAAUCAGCCUAGGAUGAUGGCACCAUCUCAAAUAGCUGAAAAAGUGCAUCAUCAACAUCUUCAACAGCAACAGCCAGGACUCACUGGUUCGAAUCAGUCUAUACAGCAACAACCGCUUUCUCAAGCGCAGAUUCUUGCUACUAAUGUUCCUUCUAGUCAACAUCAGCCACAAUAUUUAAUUGAAAAGCACCAACCCAAUCAAAAUCCGAACCAUCAUGGUCAACUGAUAAGGAACGCUCACUUCCUUACUGAAGCCGACCAGCAGCAAGCCACUACCACCACAAUCGGUGGCCAAACGGUGACUCAUUUCCCCAAUGGAAUGGUUCAAGUUGAGCAAAACUGUGAUAAUAAUAGCAUGAUGAUACCCUUGAAACCACAACAACACGUACAAUUGCAGCAGCAGAUACAUCAGCAUAACAUGCUCUACAGGCAAAGUCAGCAGUACCAGAAAGUUGCGGGUCCUUCUCUGAGAUCUGUUUCCUCUUCUUCUGUAUCUGUGGCUAAUUUACCUGCUACCUACCACAACAGUUCCAGUGGUAAUGAAGUUAAGAUAGGGGUGUCCCAUGAAUCUCCGGUUUCGUCUAGUACGACAUUCAGCCAGACAGGUUCAGAGCCAGUGAGAUCUAUGUUGGAUAGUAAGGGUCCGGCACAGGUUGGAGCAAUCUCGACUAGUAACGAGAGUCCUAUAACAUGUCCAUCCCCAGCUGAUUCAGAUUCUACAUCGUCAACUAUUAAAAGUGUUCCCUCGCCAGCGGCUCAGGUUAUAUCGCGUAGCCAACAGCCAGGAAGUACGUUCGGCACUUCGCAAACUACAAGUAGAAAUACAAUAACAUCAGUUCAGGCUGGGCGAACUAUUACCGUUACAACAACAUCUACAACAAGUGAGAAGAGUACAUUACAGCCGACUUUGGGGUUGGAUUCUCAAACUAUUCAGAAUAGAGAAUUCCAGUAUCAUUCACAAAAGCUAUCUCCGAAUCAUCUGAUUCCUGUCUCAAGCACUUUAUCUGGUCUCCAGCUGCAGCCUGCUAUGCGCGAGGCAGGAAAUCAACUUAUAAUGACAUCAACUGGUCAACUAAUUGUCAUGCCAGCUCCUCCACAACCGAGCAAAUCUGCAACAAAUCAAGUUCUGAUCAGCAGUCCUAGUGGCAAUAACCUCAUGCACCAACAAAGCGUGGCUGUUAUAAAUCAGCAAGGAGGUGUAGUCAAUAGUGUAGAUGUAGCCAAUUCCACAACGAAUCACAUAAUCCAGAAUUCUCCCAAUGGACUUGUUAUUCAAAAUGCCACAACAGGAUUGGUUCAACCUUCAACUAAUAUGAUCCAACAGGGCACAGGGAAUUUGAUUAGUCAAAACGGGCAGAACUUCAUAGUCAAUCCAGCUACAAAUGGCAUACAGCCGAUGCUGCUUAAUAACUCAAAUCUCAUCCAACAGAGCGGACAAAAUUUGAAUCUAAUUCAAACAGGUCCUAAUGGAGCUAAAGUUAUUUCAAAUAGCGGAAACAUAUUGAACCAAUCAGGGAAUUUAAUAUCCCCGAAUAAUAGCGGUUUGAUUGGCCAGCAAACAGUCGUAUUAAAUACGCUGCCGAAUGGCUAUGUUAUCCAACCGAAUUUCGCUACCGUAGACGGUCAAGUAGUUGGUCAGAUUGUCAAUCAAGACAACGGAAACGCAUCAUUUUUGCAACAACAACAAACGCGGCAGAUUAUUUUGACCUCACCUGAUUCAAAAAGGAAAGCGAAGAAGCGAAAAAGCAGUGCGAGCUCUUCCCCAUCCACGCCUUCUAGUCUAUCGCCACAACAAAGUCCAAAUAUUCAACAGCAACAACAGCCUUCUUCUAUGGUUCAGAUAACAUCACAAUAUCCUUCGCAAGGAUUCCAAAUCAGUCCAGGCAUUCAAGGAAUAGCAGUGGUAAACAAAAACACUCAACCGACUGCCCCACAACAACAAAUCAUCUUCCAAAAUGGUCAAUUGAUUCAGCCUAUGAAUAUCAUUGGACAACAACUUCUAGUUCCGGCAGGAUUAGUUGUUGCACCUGACACAACUCUGCUUCAGAUUCAAAAUAUCGGUCCCUGCGGCAACAUUCUGACUCCCCAAGGAAUGGUCUUACGCGCUCCUAGUCCCCAAAAUAAGAAUUUCCUCUCGCCAAGCGGUCCAGCUGGUCAGCAGUUCAUUGUUAGCGGGAAUAACCAAAUGAGUCCUUUAAGCCAAUUGUAUGGAGCUCCCGUGAGCUUGGUAGUGCCACAGUCGAAUGCAACAGGUGCGACAGCAACGUUUGUGCAACAAAAUGCUACGAUCGUUCAACAACAUGCAACGUCAGCAAGUGUUGGAGGAGCAGGUAAUGCAACAAGUGGUGUGAACACUAGUAGCGCUAGUGCUGGAACGACUAACCAAGAUCAGGGACAAAAUCAAGGAACGGCUAGUCCGCCUGAUACUACCACGCAUAGCCCACGAAGUCCGGAACGGCCACCAAGUGAGCGGAGUGGUGGAAGUGAUAUGGUACAAUGCGUGUCUAGUUCUGAACCUGAUUCAGUUGUGUCUCCGGUUGCUGCUGACAGCGCACAGUCUCCAUCUACUACGGACUAUGACCGGAGUAGCAGCAUAUCAUAUCAGUCGAGUACUACUAACAUGUAUAAGCCAUCUGAUGCUAAAAUUAGGCGAGUUGAAACUCCGCCACAAUUCAGUUCGACCACCACAAUUAUCCAGGAGAGUUCAAAUCAAAUGCCACCGGAUUCACAUGAGUCGCCAUCGAAUUCACCAACUGCUUCAUCGACCUCUUCAACUUCUUCUUCGUUAUCUUCAGCACCAGUUGGCGGACAACUUACUUCUGGCGGCAUUUCUUUAGGUAACAACAGCAUCGGUGGAGCCAAUGGAUUCAAUGUAGGCUUGCCAUCGUUCAGUAUUGGCCAAUUAGUAUGGGGUGCCGCACGCGGCCAUCCGGCCUGGCCUGGAAAAAUUGUCAAUCCACCGGAUGGGGCAUGUACACCCUCGGAUUCGACCUGGGUUCAAUGGUUUGGCGGUCGAUCGAAUCCUGAACUUGUUGGCAUUCUAAGCCUUAAAACUCUUUCUGAGGGCCUGGAGGCGCAUCAUAAAGCUCAGAAGGAUACUAGAAAGAGCCGAAAAUUGAAUCAGCAACUUGAACGUGCCAUACAGGAAGCAAUGACCGAAUUGGACCGAAUCUCGGCUAUGGCCCAGCCCACAUCAACCACACACGGUGUAGCUACCACACCGGGGAAAAGCAAAAGUCGUGGGCGACAACCGGCCACGAAUUCAACGAUAGGACACCAAAGAACUAAACCUAUUAAAAUAGCUCCUGCACCUCCUUGUACAAGUUCCAUUCAACAACAUCAACAACUACAACAGCACCGGCAACAAACCUCCAAUCAACCCCACCAGCAUCAACCCCAGUCGCAAACUCACCAACAACACCAUCCACAUUCGGCGACACAAACCAAUAAAUGACCGGAAACCUCCGCUCUCUCAUGGUCGUUGCAGACUUUCACGUUGGUAAUACACAACUCGUGAACUUGCAGGAUACAAUCGAACGGAGCAGCUUUUGGGUCGGAAAAUGCGAUUGGUGAAGCUUUGUCAGGUUUCAAAAUGGAGGCACAAGCUUCUUUGCAGGUAUGCAAGGAUUUGAGGCAGGCGUGCAUUGGAUGCACGUCCUGAAACCUUGCUUCCGAUCCGAAAGAUGCACACCCUGCCAAGUUCAAGGGGAAUUAACGUGGCAAUGGCCAUGAGAGGAGCGUCUUUUUCAAGCAUAAUUUAUCGCUUUGUUGACACCGCUUCCUAAGUGAGGAGACAAAUGAAUAACUAGACGUAUAAAAUGGAGAAUACAUUGUUUACUAGUAUUUAAGUUUUGUUAUUGCUUUACAUCCAUAGUAUACACAUAAAGCAAGUAAUGAUUUCCCCUUUUUUAACUCCCCAAAAUAUCUUUUAGCUUGUUAUUGCUAUCCCUACACCACUUGUACAUAUUAUGAAUAUAACCUUAUUAAUUUAUUCUACAUUCUAGAAAGUGGCUCGAUUUCGUUAGCUUCCAAAACACAAGUUUGCAUUUGGUAUUUUAUGUUUUAUAAGAACUGACAAUAACUAAUUCAAAAAAGGCACAGAUCAUUAAGCGCUGUAAAGAGCUGUUUAGCGAACAUUGUAUAAUAAUUGAGAAGAUACUUGUAUCAAAAUAACUAUUGAACAGACGAUAAUGGCAAGUAUGUGUACGUAAUUAAUAGUAGCAUGUAAUGGUGAUGUUCAAAAAACUAAUUUAUAUGUCGUGUAUUAAAAACAAAGAAACAAAACUGUAGACUUAGGACUAGGAUAUUUUAACAAAUAUAAAAAGUUAAGUUAGAAGAUUGUUUUCUAGAUGUAAACAUUUUUUCUGGUAGUUUUUAAGGAUAAUGAUGAAAAAAUAAUUAUUAUUAUUUUCAAAA